AGCCAGGCUGCGAGGCCGAGUAUGCAAUUCAAUAUUGUCGUCUCCAUUGAUGGGUUUCGGAAAGUCUUCAUCGUGCGACAGUCAGCUACAUCCCGCCGAGAAAAUGAUGUCCAUGAGUUCGAAGCACUACUAGUCGCUUAUCAACGCAUGGGUGCGGAAUUUGUUUCGUCGUCCUUACCUUGACGAGCGCUGUACCACAAGAAGAAAAUCAUCGCAAUCUCUCAUGAGUUUGCUCGCCCCCAACAGCCUAAAGAUGCAAAUUCGAGAAGAGUCAACAACAUUUUUGACACUUCCGCAGAAGAUUCGAUGGCGAAUAUACCAGUACCGCGCCGACGAGGACGGGUACCCCGGACCGGACUAUCGUGGCCGACCGAGGGCCAGAUUCAGCAACCAACACCUAAUCGCCUUGGGUGUGCGUGAUGGAAUUCCCUAUUUGUUCGCAGAGGACGGUGAUUACCGCAUUGAACUCAACACUCUAUCAAUGCUGCGAAGUUACAACAACCUCCGCCUGGAUCUCGAGGGCUGGCGCAGAUUUGUCGAUCAUAUUACUCAGGAUGAGCCGCAAUGGAUGAAUAAGCUGCAACUCAGCCUGUAUUGCGAAGCCAAGGACGUGGAGGCUGCGGAGAUGGCAGUGGCACCGUUGGAGCCGUUAAGAUUGUCUCGAUGUCUAGUACAGUUGCGCAGCAAUGGCGAUCGUCCGCCGCCGGGUAGCUUUCAGUUAGCUCAAGACUCUGGCUUGCAAGCCAUCGCUCGCCGAGCUGUGGACCUCGCUACGAGGCAUCAUCCGGGGGCAGGUCAAGCAUUUAGAUUCAUGGAUCUACCCAUCGAGCUACGGCAUCGCAUUCUGAGCUUCACUGAUCUGGUAUCACCGUUGCGACAGAUACACUGGGCUCCUGGAGAGGUCGGCUUUUACCUCAGGACUCGUGGCUCCUGGACAUUUUGGGGCCAUAAAUGUCCCUGGGGCAGACUGUUUUGCAAUUGGAAUCGUGUCGCAUAUCCGCCGUGCCCCUGCUACCGGACACCGCCUUCAAUAUUCCUUGUGUGCAGAUCGGUAACACAAGAUGCCCGAAGAGUGUUCUACUCGUCGAAUCGUUUCAUCGUGGAUUCUCCCGAAAUCACCUACGACAGUACACUACAGCCAUCAUCGCCUCGAUCUGAACCAUUCGAAGCCUCGAUAUUCCUCACUCAAACUAUCCCUGGCCUUUGUCUUGGCUUUUUGCGUGACCUCGAGAUUGCUUUCACUGCCCGCUACUACACUCACCUGGGUAUAGAGCCUGCAGUGCUUGAAGACUGGGAGAAGGCUAUUGCGCAGGCUUCUCCCCACAUCAAAAGGCUUACGCUGACUCUUCACGUGGGAGACGACAGAGACUUCUCUGGCCAUGUCAUUGAGAGUGAGGACCCCGAAGCCGCGCAGGAUGCACUCUUUAAAGUCCACGAGCAGCUGGCGAGACCGCUUCAUCGGAUUAAAGGCCUUGCCGCCUUCUUUGUUUACGCAAGGUCUCCGUUUGACAUCGUUAGCCGUGACACCCCACAGCCAUUCCUUCGUGCUCACGAAAAGCAUCUUGAACGCCUGGUCAUGGGUGAUGCAUAUGAUAGUGCUGCACGAGGGAAAUGGCAACGUAGACUGAGCCGAUGGUUCACACAGGAUCCCUUCACAGGCGGAGAUGGAGGUGAUGAUCUGGUCGAGAUGUAG